AUGGUAAAUGAAUUUUGGAAAAGAGAGGUGGAAAGCAGAGUAGUUGAUCACGGAAUUGACUUCGUAUUUGAUUUCAUUACCGCACACGAAUCUGGAGAUAUCGCAAAAUUUGCUUCAGUAACUAAAACUAUACCCGCUGAGGCGUCGAUCUCAGUUCGGGAUUCGUGUGUGGCGUACGUGGUGUCUGGCGGAAAGGCUCGAUGGACUUCGAGACCUUGUGCAACGACUGCCUAUUACCUUUGUGCUUUUACUCCGAUAGGAACAGAACGUUCCCGUGAAGAAGCUCUACCCACAACCGAAGCACCGAAGAUUAUCUUCGAAGGCUCAAGACUCCCAGCAGCUGUUGGAGAGAUUUUUGCACCAGCCAAGUACUGUGAUGCCGAGACUCGUAAAGGAAUCCGAUAUCCAAAGACGAGAGCGUGCACGGAAGCACGUAUCGCCUGUCCUGACCCGGAAAAUAUCGUGGGUACAAUAAUAAGGUACUGUAACUGCCAAACAGCAAAAUGGGAACCAGCGGACACAACGAAUUGCUCACACAAAUGGAUUGCUGAGAUAAGAUCGGCUCUAGAAAGAGGGGAAGCAGCAGAAGAGAUUAGUUCACGGAUAGCGGCAGAUCUGGAGUCUACACUUUCCCGUCAAUUGUACGGAGGAGAUAUUACUGGAAGCGUCUCGCUAAAUAAUGAUGUAUUGCAACUCGCACGAAGUCAAUAUGCCGCUUUGAACGAUCGAUACGAACGUCAAUCCAAAGCAACGAACUUUACUGAGUCCUUUGGAUCGUCUGGUAAUCACCUGUUAUCACCGAAGGCUUUGCCGGUAUGGGAAGAAUUAACAGCGCCCAUUCGGAUUGACCACGCAUCUACGCUCAUGGCAGCGCUCGAGCAGAGCGCCAUACUACUGGCGGACAAUUCUAUAGAUCAGAAGAAAAGGUUGCAGUACAGCAACUGGGCUAUGGAAAUUGACAUUCGGCAGCCUGAAGCGUACGCAGCGCCAGAUGACAACUCUAUGGGUGGAGCACGGAGUGGUUCUCGUCCGGAGUUUUCUCCUUCCAUGGAGGAUGACCACUUUCAAACAUUUGCUGCUGCUGCCAGCCCUGUUACCACGGCAGCUCCGCCUCCUAGUGUGCAGUUCAGCGGCUUCAGCCAAUCGCCCAUUAUCACAUUACCAUCGCUGAGCGUUUUGAAAUCCUCUGCAAAUGCUGCUUCUCCUCAAAAAGCAGUAGGGUCGUCAGCUUUCUUCCAUCCUGGAGUGGGGCCUUCAUCACAACAGUCUUUGGAUAGAUCUCGUCUACGACUGGGCUACUACGUGUUCACGACAUUCGGUCAGCUUUUAGCUGAAAAUGGAAAAACAAUUGUGAAUAGCCACGUUAUUGGAGCCUCAGUGGAUGACGCCACUAGAAGUUUGAACCUUCCCCCGGACCAACCAGCCACUUUCACUUUUUACCACCUCCGAAAGAAUGGUGUAAGUAAUCCGCGAUGCGUGUUCUGGAAUCUGGAUCUAAGAGAAUGGAGUACAGAAGGAUGCCGUAUGCUCUCUACAAACAACGAUGCUACCGAAUGCGCAUGUGAUCAUUUGACAAGCUUUGCGAUCCUUAUGGACGUCUCCGGUAAGGUGUCCGAAUACACUGGGACCGCAGCGGCGGCUCUGGAUGUGGUGUCUAUCAUCGGAUGUGCACUCUCUGUAGUGUGUUUGGCGUUGUCACUGUUUGUAUUCACAUUCUUCAGAUCCUUAUACAACGUAAGAAACACGAUUCAUCGAAAUCUUUGCUUGAGCUUGCUGCUCGCUGAGCUUAUAUUUGUUAUUGGAAUGGAUCGAACAGGAAAUCGUGUCGGUUGUUCGAUUGUCGCCUUAUUACUGCACUACUUUUUCCUAGCUUCGUUCUGUUGGAUGCUUCUGGAGGGGUACCAGCUGUACCAGAUGCUGAUACAAGUUUUCGAACCAGACAAGACACGUGUCCUGCUGUAUUAUCUGUUCUCGUACGGAUUUCCAGCAGUUGUAGUUGCAGUUUCAGCAGGGGUUGCAUGGCAUAACUAUGGGACGGAUCGAUAUUGCUGGAUAAACACCUCAACACCAACACUUUGGGCAUUCAUUGGACCAGUUGUCGUGGUUAUUUUGGCAAAUGUGAUAUUUCUGGCGAUUGCGUUACGAGUAGUUCUGUCAGUGAGGACUCGCGACCGCAAUAAGUCUGAUCGUGUUUUUGGGUGGCUGAAGGGUUCCGCGACACUUUUGUGUCUUCUCGGUAUCACCUGGAUCUUUGGAUUUCUUACAGCUGUUAACAACACCGGAGGAAUAGUCUUCGCAUGGAUAUUCACUAUUCUCAACUGUUCACAGGGAGUUUUCAUCUUCAUUCUACAUGUGGUUUUGAACGAAAAAGUGCGUAUUACCAUAGUACGGUGGUUGAGAAGCGGCGUUUGCUGUUUACCCGAUAAAACAAGUGCUGAUAACAGCAGGGAUUACAUCAGUAGCAAACAUCGAUUCAUGAAUAUGAUGAAGGCGAACUACAACAGUGGAAGUAGUCCGGAUACAGCCAGUACGGAUGAUAAGGAGAAACAGUUGACGCCCACUAAAAUGUCACUAAGUAGCGGGAAGUCACGUUUGCUGGUGAAUUCCGAGACGGCUCUAUUAGAGUCGACAACAGUAGUUGGCGGAGAACGACGACGUCAGGCGGCGAAUAGAAAUAGAGUUCGGUUUAGUGAUGAAAAAGGACACGGAACCAAAACCAAUGAGUGGCUGCAACGGCUUACCGCCGAAAAUCAAGAAGUAAGUCCAUUGUCGUCACCAAGGUUCUCGGACGACGUUGAACCAGCACCAGAGGAUCAAAUCAGCAGCUAUUCGGACCCACGAAUCAGCGGCUCCCAUCUGGAUGGAAUUGGUGAUCCCGUCGAGAAGCACGCGCCCGUGAAGAGGAAGAAGUUCCCAUUGGGAGCCAGUGAAACCGAGCGUGGAUCUAAGCAUGUUGUUGUCGAGCGAUUCUAA